AUGCCGUCCGAGCUUAAGCAGUACACGAUGGCGGAAGUGGAGAGCUGCGAUGGGAAAGAUGGCCACCUGGCUUGGCUAGUUAUCCGAGACAACGUGUACGAUGUUACCCGGUACCUGGAAGAGCAUCCCGGCAGUAGCGAGCUGAUCGAAGAGUGGGCCGGAAAGGACGGUACGAAGCCCUUCGAAGAGUUUGGCCAUUCCUCCGACGCUCUCCGGACGCUACGUUCGCUCCAGAUUGGUGUACUGGAAGAGCAAGAUCAAGCCAAAAACCGGAAGGCAAGGGCUGCCAAGAGUGGAAUCAUUACGGAUUCCACGGCGGACGAACCGAAGCUCAAGAAGCGCAGCAAAAGGCGAAUGUUUAUCCUUUGCGGUCGAGAAACGAUGCAGAAUCCGUGA